AUGAGUAUCAAAAGGCUUGAUGAUACCGUAUCGAGUCGUUUAAAGUCACAUGAAUCUGUAGUAUCAACAACGGCUGUUGUUAGGGAGUUAGUUCAGAACAGCGUUGACGCCGAUGCUACGAAAAUAAAAGUAGAUAUAAAUACCGAAAGGUUUAUCAUAGAAGUACAGGAUAAUGGUUUUGGAAUUACUCCUAGUGACCUUAAUUUGUUAGGCGGUCACAAUAUCACUUCAAAAUUAGAAUCCUUGCAGCAGUUGCCUGCAAUUAGCUCGUAUGGAUUCCGCGGGGAAGCGUUACAUCUGAUGCUACAAUGUAGUAAAGUUCUGAUAAUAUCUAAAUCAAAGGAUUAUAGUGGAAUAUGGGCUAGAGAAUUGCCAGCACCCGCUUUUAUUUCGGAUGAGGGUAAAUUUCCUUUGAUGAAAGGUGCACUUAGCGGAACGGUCAUCAAAAUAUCAGACGUUUUCUACAAUUAUCCUGUUCGUCGCAAAAUGAUGGAAAAACAAUCGAUAUCGGAUUUGGUUAGUGCGAUCAGGACAGAAAUUCUAACAGUACUAAUAAAAUUUCCAACAUUGGACGUAUCUGUAUUCAUUAAUCAGCAGCUACGAAUUUCUUCCAUUGCCGUAAGUACCCUGGAACCAUAUCCAAAACAGUUGGAUACCUGCUUCCAUAACAUAUUUGGAGAAAUAUUGCCACGCAAACAAUUAAAAUUUGUAUCUGCCUCAUUUAAAUCACAUACAGUCAAAGGUAUUGUUUCUAUUAAUCCAAUUCAGUCAAAGGAUUACCAGUAUAUCUUCAUAAAUGGAAGAAAGUACAGUGAUUCAAGAUUCUUUUCAGCCGUCAAUAAAUUGUUUCAAUCAACAAAAUAUGUUGAAAAGAAUUGGGAUUCAUAUUCUGUAAAAAGUGUCGGGUCACCUUACUCUGCCUAUCCGUUGUUUAUAAUCGGUUGUGAAGUGCCUUUAGAAAUUUCUGAUCUCAUACAAGAUCCAGGGAAGACGAUUUUUCAAUCGGGAACGCUUAAAACUCUCUGUCCUUUGAUACUUAAUGUAAUGUCAUCGUUUUUGAAGCAUCUUGGAUAUGAACCUGGUGUUGACGUGUCAACAUUCGAUAAUUCUUCUUAUUUUGAAACAGCCCAUUAUUUCACGAAUACAAAACGAGUGGAACUUGCUGUGAAACCAACCAACAAACAUGCAAAUGGAAAUCGAGUACACAAGCCGCAAAAUAACAAAGUAUUGGAAAUAUUAAAAUCACCUCCAAGAACUAGGGGAAUAUUUUCACGGUUGCUGGAAAAUACCACAGGAGGUCGUCAAUGCCGUGAUCAUCAUUAUGAUUCAGAAUUUGAUAUACAAAAAUUAAAUUUAGCUGGCACAGAAUCCUCUUAUUUGAAAAAUCAUGCUGUCAGUGACUUCAAAUUAUCUAAGUCCCAAAUUAGAAAUUUUGAAGUAAUACAACAAGUGGACCUUAAAUUCAUACUUGUAAAAUCGGGCGGAACUUUACUGAUGUUAGACCAACAUGCUUGUCAUGAGAGGAUUUUGGUAGAAAACAUGCUCAAGGAAACAAUUAUCAAGUGUAUGAACAAAUGCUUUAAUUAUGUGAAGUUAAACAUGAAAAUGAACAUUUCUGCCGAGGAGGCCGGUUGGUUUCGUGAAUCCAUACCUGAAUUUGACACAUGGGGAAUUGUAUUAGAGAUUAAAGAUAUUGACACACGUUCAUCUGUCAUAGAGUUGAUCAAAGCCCCAGAAUUCUUUCAUGAAAAAAUUAAACAUGACAGUGCUUUCUUAAAGCAUGUUUUAUUACAACACAUCUACGACCUAAGAAGUAGCAAACGUAGGAGGAUAACACAAUUAAUGAAAGAACAGCACUCGUCGAAUAAAUGGUGGAUUAUGGUUCCGCAUAUGCCAAGAGUGUAUACUGAAAUUAUAAAUUCUAAAUCAUGUAGGUCGGCAAUUAUGUUUGGUACGUCACUUUCUAGAACAGAAUGUGAUGUUAUGAUAUCUGAUUUAUCGAAAUGUCAGCAGCCAUUCCACUGUGCGCACGGUAGACCUUCCGUUGUUCCAAUUGUUGAAAUUAACGACUCUAUUUUUGGUUUUAGCGACAAGGACUAUGAGAUUCUGUUAUAG